UAACGAUUCUAAGGUAGUGUUGGGUACAUAAGGUCUGACAAAGCUUACGACUUUGAUUUGUCAUGAAUUGUUUCAAGCCAAUAGUUGAAAGUAAAAAGCAUCUAUGUUUUCAAUAUCUAAAAUUAUAAUUCUCUGUUAAAAUCAAAAAAUUAUUUUAUGGAGAUAUUUAAAUAUUUCUACAAAAAUGGCCUUAUAUGAUAACCAACAUUGGCUUUUAUCUCAUAUAAGAGAUAGUUUUUUAUCCACAGAUGACACAGGUAUGUGUGAAAUGGUUAUGUUAGGAGAAGAUAUACCGAAAGAACUUAGAUCGAAUGGAACGUUACAAUGUUAUCCUGGAAUGGAAGAAAGUGAUGAUGAAGAUUUGGAUGCAUUAGCUGAGUCAUAUGAUAUACAAAUGGAUAUGGAAUUUAGUCAUAGACAACGUUCUAACACUGCUCAAAGAUUAGAAAAAAUGGAGUUAGAAAGAAAGAAAGCAGCUAAAAUUAAGCAUGUGAAAUGGGAACACAAACCAAAUCUUCUUUCACUUGCUGAACAAUCAAAAUUAUUUCAAAGAAAGGACUUCCGUAAAAAAAAUGCAACUACAAGCAAAAGGCUUUCCCUUUUAUCUGAGCAAAUAGAGAAAUGUCCCAAUUUACCUCAAAAUCCUUUUACAGAAUAUGCAAAGUUUGAUGGCAAUGCACAAGUUGGAAUUGCUAUUAGAAAAUACAGAAUCUUUAUGUGUAUGCUACCUAAGGAAGAAAGAACUUAUCCUUUGCAAAUUGUUGUUAUUGCCACAGCAAAAGUAUUGGAAUUUAUUGGGCUCAUAUGUUAUAAAUAUGCAAGUGAACAUCCUAAUCAUAGUUUAAAGUAUGGAAAUUAUACAAUAUAUUAUAAGUUUUACAUAUAUUUACAAGCAUUGCAACUUGUUUCUCUCUUCUUCUUUUUUUUCUUUUUUUUUUCUUUAAUUAACAGGGAAGAUAUUACAAAAUAUGGUUUAUAUAUUACUGAAGAUGAUGGAGAGGUAGAUUGGGACUUUCCUUGUUUAGAUCCAAGAGAAGUAAUAUCCAAAUUUGAAUUCACAACAUUAGGUCUUGUUGAAAUGAAACCAAGUGAUAGAGCACGACAUAAUACAAUAAAACAUAUUGAAACAGAAGUCAAUGAAGAAUUAGAAGGCAAAGAAAAAGAACAAGAAGAAGUAGCAAAAGAUUUAGCCAAGAUGGAAGGUCAUACAACAGCAAUGGAAGCUCCAUUAUAUCAAUCAUAUAGAGUAUACAUAAUAAAUAAAGUGAGAGCAAAGACUGAGAUUCACCUUGGAAUAUCGGGUGAGAAGAUUGAGAUUGAUCCAGUGUUAACAGGAAAAGGUGCCAGUCGAUUCUGGAAUAGACAACGUGCAGUGAGUUAUCAUAUAGAUAACAUUGCAUGGUGUGAAAUAACUGAAAACAAAGGAUCAAAAACAAUAUUUACAUUGGUUUAUACACCACAUUCUUCUACUUUAGACAAUUUAAGUGCAUCAUCCAGUCAAACACAUUCUCUUCAUCAAUCAGCAUCAUUUAAAAAUCAUGAUUUUGAAGCAGAUUCAAUGACAGCAGAAGAAAUUGUAAGAAAAAUAAAUCAUAUUUUAGAAUUACAUAGUAGUACAUCAAGAAAAGAAUACCUGGCCCAGAAGGAAAGAAAAGCAGCAAGAAGAAAAAGUUUUCAUUUGCAUAGAUGACAGCUCUAUUGGUUACUUUGU